AUGGAAGCAGGCAGGCACCCUUCCCCACCGCCCUGCCCUACCUCCGCCGCCCCGCUACGGAUCUCGCCCCCCGCGGAUCUCGCGCUAGCCACAACCGUGCACCCUUCCACGCGCGAUGGAAGCAGCCCGCCAUGCCCCUCCCACCACAACCACACAACACCGUCCCCCGCGGAGCUGGAGACGAGCGAAUUGGCGGUGGAGGCGAUGCCACUGGGCGACAGCGCGGAGGCGGCGGACUUAGUGCUGCCGGACAAGCUCCUGGCGGCGCUGCCGCGGGACCCCUACGAGCAGCUGGAUCUGGCACGCCGCAUCACCGCGCUGGCGGUGUCCGGCCUGGAGCGGGAGGCGGGGCGCCUGCGGGCGGAGGCCACGGGGAAGGACCGCGAGAACGCCGAGCUCCGGGAGCGAGUGGUGCUGCUUGAUAUCGCGCUGCACGAGACCAACGCCAGGCUCCGCUCCCCCAUGCUCACGACGGCAGAUCUCGUCCCUUCCUGCGGUCACGAAGCCACAGCUUUCGACGACUCGUGACCUCCCUUGUCGAGUCCCCUCCCCCAUCGGUCCAUAGCGUGUGCAUCUCAGCGUGGCACCGGCGCUCUACCCCACCCACCCACCACAAGGGCCCUUCGCGUCGUCUGAGCUUGGCCCCGACGGCAUUGCGCGUGAUGAAGGUCCUCCUCGAUCAGCAGACCUUCCUCGCGCUGCUGAGGUCGGUGGAAUGCCUAUCCACGGGGAGGCAGGUGCACGCCCAUGUCAUUGUGAGUGGUUUGCACUCGCGCGUGUACCUGUGGAACUCUCUGAUCAAGAUGUACAACGACGCUGGGGAUGUGGAGACCGCCGAGCUGAUGUUCCGUUCUGCACUAGUGUUGGAUACUGUGUCUUGCAACAUCAUGAUAUCUGGGUAUGUGAAUGAAGGGUGCACCCUGAUGGCGUUGUGGUUUUUCAGUGAUAUGGCAAGCCGGGGAAUUGUUUUUUAUCAGUAUACGGUUGUUGCUCUGCUCACUUGCUGUGGGCGCCUAAAGAACGAGAUUAUUGGGAGGUCUGUCCUGGUGCACGGACCUUAUGGGAAGCUAGAAUUUAUGUUUUUAUCAAUGUUUAGUCAUUAACUAAUUAAUUGCACAUCGUUUUGUUGUAUAUUUAUUAACUAAUCGAGUGUUGCAUACGGUUUUCAGGAGCAUUUGAAGACGCAGAAAUUACUCAUGUUGACGAUACAGUAGAUCCUGUUAGAGACAUGGAAACUAUUAGUGAAGAUCUCAGACUAAAGUUUUCAUUGGAUUUUGUUGAUUUAUAAGAUCAGCUGUACAACACUUAAACCUUUUUUCGACACUAUUUUGUUUCUAUUUUCUGCAGGAUAUAGAGUUCAUGAAAAAGAUACUUGAGGACCUUGAUAAGUCAAUGAAGAGGAGCAAUGAUAAGCUGCUCAAAAUUGAAGUCUCCUAGCAUCAAAGCAGAUAGACCUUCUCCAAGCGAUGGAGACUUUCACCCAGGAGCAUGUCAUUGGAAUUCCAUUGACUUCGUUUGCAUAUGCCGAUGAGGAAAGACAAGGAAAAUCUUCCUGUUCUGCCAUGGUUCAUAAAAAAGUAAGAAUCUCGCAAUCUGCUUUCCCAAUGCUUCAUUUGAAAGAGAAAAAAAUUGUGCCAAUACUUACUUGAUAUCCUUUCGAUGAUACAGAUAAGAAGAGUUCCUUCAUUCAUCGGAUGAACAAACUAAGCCAUAAAAUAGAUAGCUACAUGCAAGGAUUCAAAGAACACUAUAAGAAUCCAACCAUUGUCCUUUUUCACAAAGUUGUGUUAUGUUGAUAAAAUAAAAUGUUUCAUCACUGAUAAAUCUUUUUUCUUUGCAGUAACCAUGGGACAAAAAAUUCAGAAACUAUAAAAGGGAAACUAAGCUUCAGUGCAAAGGUUCUCCAAGCUGGCGGUAUUGAUAAAGUCUUCAGAGAAUACUUUGCAGUUGAGAAAGAUGAGAAACCACGGAAGGCUUUCCAGUGAUAUUUUUCAACCACAACUGGUCCAAUAGCUAGAAUGCUUUUCAUCUCAACUAAGAAGAUUGCUUUCCAUAGUGAUAGGCCUUUGAGUUUCACGUCUCCUAAAGGAGGCAGUACAAGGGUGCCUUACAAGGUGUUAAUCCCCACAGAGAGGAUGAAAAGUGCUUUAGUGCGGGAAAAUUUAUACAAUCCAGAUGAGACGUAUAUUGAUGUAGUCACUGUUGAUGGCUUUGAUUUUUGGUUCAUGGGCUUUGUCAGCUAUGAGAAGUCAUUCAAAUAUCUCCAACAAGUAAUUAUGGAGCUGAGAUGAUGCACACAGUUUGUAACGUUAAACAUCAUAGAUACCAUGUUGAUAUGGUAUAUGUACAUUGAAGAGAUAGAAUUGAUCUAUCACAUUGAUUAUGAAGCAAAGUUUUUCAACUAUGUCCUUGAAUAUUCAGUAUUAUCAAAUGCAUUGACCGAUCAUACUGAACUAAUUGGGUGUUGCAUACGGUUUUCAGGAGCAUUUGAAGACGCAAAAAUUACUCAUGUUGACGAUACAGUAGAUCCUGUUAGAGACAUGGAAACUAUUAGUGAAGAGCUCAGACUAAA